AUGCGCCCGAACGCGUCGGCUCUGUCGCUCAACCCGCCGGCGGCGGCCGAGUUUGCGGCGGUCGAGCCUCUCGGCACGACGCUGCACUUCACCUUUGGCACCUCCUCCAUGAUGGACUUUGUCAAGAACUGGAUCCACUUUGUGCGGAGCGCGCAGCCGCGCCUCUCGCCCUUCCUGGUCGGCGCUGCGGACAAGCGGCUGCUCACCGCGUGCACUGAGCUGGGCGUGCCCGCGGCCGCCAUCAUCCCCGAGCUGGACGUGUGGACGUAUGAGCGGCGCAGCACGCGCGACGAGGUGUACCAGAUGAGGAGCGACUGGGCGUACAUGCGGCACCACCGCUCCGACUUUCUCGAGAUGGGCCUCGUCAAGGUUGCCUUCCUGUGGGAGCUGCUCGCCGCCGGCUUCCACGUCCUUAUCUCCGACCUGGACGUCGUCUGGCUCAACGGCCACUGGCGGCGCUGGAUGUCGUGGGCCGACCCGGCGCACCCGCCGGUGCCGCAGGCCGCGGCGCUCGCGCUGGCGGACGUGCUCGUCACGACGGACGAGCUCGACACGACGCACGACGACUCGGGCCGCGGCGUCUCGGCGGAGCUCAACACGGGCGUGGUCUACCUGCGAGGGACGCGCGGCGCCAAGGCGAUGGUGCAGAGCUGGCGCAAGGCGAUGCUGCGCCAAAAGGGGGGCAAGCACCUCACGGAGAACGUCAACGACCAGUCCCUCUUCAACCAGGUCGUCAGCGGCGGCGAGGUGAAGGACCUGCAGGCCUGGCUGCGCUCGCGCCGCGCGGAGGGCGUCGCGGCGCCGCCCGACGCCUUCGCGUCGCUCCCCGGCAACUACCGCCGCGUGCACCAGACGGGCUCGUCCCACGAGCCUUGCCUGCCCGGCGCCGGCUGCGCGGCGACCACCUUCACGUUUGGCACGCUUCCGGUGCGCCCCUUCACGGGCGGCCACACCUGGUUCAACCAAAACGUGCAGGAGAUGGACGGCCACGAGCAGCCGCAGCACCAGCCCAUCACCGUCCACUUCACCUUCCAGUUUGGCGACACGAAGGAGUACCCGCACGGCAAGCGGCAGCGCGCGCGCGAGGCCGCGCUCUGGGCGGUGGACCCGCCAGAGUACUUCACCGAGGGCAUCUUCGUGGCGCUCAAGGGGGCGAGCUACGACGAGGAGUACAAGCAGCAGGUCUACCGCCGCUUCCCCGAGUGGUCCCCGCAGCGGCACAUGUUCAUGGAUGCGCCGCAGCGGCAGGCCGUGCGCGACCUGCUCGGUCUCGCCACGGCGGUGGGCGGCAUCAUGGUCAUGCCCAAGCUCUGGUGCUUCUGCGACCGCUACUGGAACGCCUUGAGCAAGUGCCGCAACCCGCACGUCAUGGGGAUGGGACUGCCGUUCAACUGCCCGAUGGACUCGCUCUACCUCACCGACCGGUGGAACGACAAGAAGGUCAAGUUCCGCGAGCACACCUUCCUCUCCAACCCGCACAUGCCCGCCGAGGUGCGCGCCAACAGGGUCACCCUCACCGUGGCGCGCAAGGGCGAGCAGGCGCGGCCGCACGGGCCAGACGCGGUGGAGCUGCCGUACGGCACGCCGAUGGCGGACGUCGGGCGGCUCGUGCGGCAGUCCCACCCGCAGUUCCGCGUGCUGGAGGUUGCAAACGCGGACCUGCGCCGCCUCUGCCGCUGGCUCGGCUCGGCGCCGGCGGCCACGGCCUUCAACGCGGUCUUGCGGUACAUCACGACCGAGUCGUCCAGGUACUGCCCGUCGGAGGACGGCGGCGGACACUUCCGCGCCGGCUUCAACUGGCAGAACCCGUUCCACGGCAUCAACUGCACCUGGGGCUUCCACUCGCCGACCGUGUUCCCGACCUCGGCGGACGCGUGCUCGUCGGGCGCGGGGAUCGACUUGAGCGAGCGCUCCAACUCGACCACGUGCCCGCGCCAGAUGCUGUGCGACUACCACACGCUGCCCGACGGUAGGGACACCAAGCCAAUCACGUGGUGCAACCUCGAGGGGUACAACGGGAUGGACCAAAAGUUCCUGCCGAUCGCCAAGCGCAUGCUCGCCUCCCGGCCGGACGGCCGCUGUCCCUACCCGCCGGGCGACAGGCCGGGCGACCCGCCUUGGUGA